UGUUGCAAUUAACCAGAAACUUCAAAGAGAAACAUGGUGGAAAGAAUGUGAAAAACAGAAUUAAAGAAAAAGGGGAUAAUUAUAUAGUAUUCGGGGAAGAUAUUACGUCCUAGUUGAAGCACUACUUCGAAACUUGCUUCGUAAGGGAAACAUAUGCUGUAGAUACAACUAUUUGAUGUGCAACAACAUCAUUCAUUAUGGGCAAGAAGAAGAAGUUUAUUGAUAAGAAGAAUGCCGUUAGCUUCCGUCUGGUCCACCGGAGUCAGCGCGAUCCACUACAGGCAGAUGAAGAUAGUUCAAAACAUGUUUUAUUACCUGUGGGAAACACUGAAUUAUCACACGAUCAGACACACCAGGCAACUGGUUAUCAAGGUGAAACAGUAGAGGAACGUAAGAAAGAGCAGCGGGAUUAUGGUGUAUUUUAUGAAGACGAUUACGACUACCUUCAACAUUUAAAGCCAAGAACUGACACAACUCUAGAGCCCUUACCUGACAAUGUUACUGUGAUUGAAGCGAAGAAAUCUGAUGUGAAAAAGUUUGGAAAGGUGUCCUUGCCCAGGGAAGUAUUUGCGUCAGGUCAUGAAGAAAAGGAAGGGAUUCUCAACUUAGCUGUUCCUAUUUCAGGUCCCCAGCCAGACUGGGAUCCAGAUAUUGUUGCUGCUUUGGAUGAUGCAAUUGAUUUAAAUGAUCCUGAGAAUAUUUUAGAUGAUGAUUUUAUUCUGCAGGCUAAUGAAUCCUUUGAGGAAGACAGUGAUAUUGAAGGAUCCAAUGAACGUGUGAAAAAUGAUGAAUAUAACUUUCCAUCUGAUGGAGAUUAUGAUGAUGACGACAAUGAUAGUUUUGACUUUGGUGAUGAUGACGAUGAUGAAGAUAUUAAGUCUAGAUUUUCAAAUUAUUCUAUGACAUCAUCUGUCAUACGUCGGACUGAAGGACUUUGUCUUCUAGAUGAUAGAUUUGAUAAGAUAAUGGAAGAGUAUGAGGAUGAUGAGAUAGGAGCACUCGACCACGAGGAGGUUACUGGUGACAGGAGCCUGAAUGAUCCACUUUUGGAAAGCAUAAAAAAUGAAAUAAAUGAUAAAGAAGUGGGUGGAAGCGAGGCCGUGACAAUGUCAAGAGUUCGGUUUGAUAUUCCAGAGAAUGAGAGGUCAGGAGGUGAAGAUGACGGCUUUACAAGAAUUACAGAGGUUCCCAAGGAAGAAUGGGACUGUGAAUCUGUUCUAAGUACCUACUCGAACUUGUACAACCAUCCAGCUUUAAUUAAAGAAUCUUCACAAACAAAGGAUUCUGGCGCGAAGCGUAUCAACUUAUCAAAACGGGAAGGCAUACCACUCGGCGUUCUUUCGGACGGAAUAAAAAACAAAGGUUGCGAGGCCCCUCAAACGAACCAAUCAGAAGAAUCCCAACCCGCGUGUCACGUGAGAUCACGCGGGGAAACGAGAGAAGAGAAAAAGACGCGAAAACAACUGGUCAAACAGGAAAAACAGGCUAGACGCGUCGAAAAGAAAACAAACAAAUUGUUAUUUAAGGAGGAACGCAAGCGACAAGAAAAAUCCCAGUCUUCGCUGGUUAUCGGCCAGAAAUUACAGUAAACAGUUUAUUCGAGCCAUUCAUAAGAAACCCAACCGUUUCAUUAAAAAUGGUGGAAUGACUCGAUGUGUAAAUAAAAUAAUUGGUGUGAAGAUGAAAAUUUUAUUGUAUUAAUAAAAGCGAAAACUAAAAUUAAUGGGAAAAAACA